GAGGCUAGGGAGCCUUGGGCGCCGGGCGCGCAGGCGCGCUGGCUCGCAGCUGGCUCCUGGCAGCCCUGGAAUUAGGCUUCGUCUGCCACGAUUACGGUGCCGGCAUAAGCUGACAGCUGGUUAAUGAUACCGCCCAGCCCAGAGCCGGGGUUCCUGACUCAGAAUUCUGCUCCGCCGAGCUUUCCCUCUGCCCUGCCCUCUUCAGUGCAGCUCCAGGGCUUCGGAAGCAAGCACUUGGCCUCCUGAUGCCUCUCGCCCCAGGCGCCCAGCCUGUCUGCUGUUCUUAGAGCCGGCAGUCGCCGACCGGCAGCCUCAGUGUCACCUGGGCACCUGUAGGAGCUGCAGAAGCCCCGCCGCGUCCCCAGACCUCUGCAGUCCCCGGGCGGCUCGUGUGCCCGGCACAGUCUGAGAAGCGCCGCUGGCCGUCAUUUGCUUCUGCACCACAGGGACCAGAAUGGCAAGACGGCAGGUGGCCACGAGCCCUGCUCAGUGCUCUUGGGGCUGAGGCUGGGGCUGGCAGCCAUGGGACUGCCUCAGCCCCAGGCCUGGUUGUUGGGCCUCCCCACGGCAGUGGUCUACGGCUCCCUGGCCCUCUUCACCUCCAUCCUGCACAAUGUGUUCCUGCUCUACUACGUGGACACCUUUGUUUCCGUGUACAAGAUCAACAAAGUGGCCUUCUGGGUCGGAGAGACGGUGUUUCUGCUCUGGAACAGCCUCAACGACCCCCUCUUCGGCUGGCUCAGUGACCGCAAGUUCCUCAGCUCCCAGCCCGGGUCAGGCACUGGGCUCUCCUCGAGGGCCGUGGUGCUGGCACGGGUUCGGGCGCUGGGCUGGCACGGGCCGUUGCUGGCGCUGUCCUUCCUGGCAUUCUGGGUGCACUGGGCCCCAGCCGGCCUGCAGUUCUUGCUGUGCCUGUGCCUCUAUGACGGCUUCCUGACGCUCGUGGACCUGCACCAUCACGCCUUGCUGGCUGACCUGGCCCUGUCGGCCCACGACCGCACCCACCUCAACUUCUACUGCUCCCUCUUCAGCGCGGCUGGCUCCCUCUCUGUCUUCGCCUCCUACCCCUUCUGGAACAAGGAGGACUUCUCCUCCUUCCGCGCCUUCUGUGUGGCACUGGCUGCCGGCUCUGCGCUGGGCUUUCUGGGGGCCACACGACUGCUGAGGCGGCGGGUCGAAGCGGCCAGAAGGGAGCCAGGGUGCUCAGCCCUGGCUGUGGACGGCGGCCAGUGUGAAGAGGAGCUGCUGGUGGGCGCCGAGGAAGCGGGCAGCAUCACCUUGGGCCAGUACCUCCGGCAGCUGGCACGCCACCAAAACUUCCUGUGGUUCGUGGGCAUGGACCUGGUGCAGGUCUUCCACUGCCACUUCAACAGCAACUUCUUCCCCCUCUUCCUGGAGCAUCUGUUGUCGGACCAAAUCUCCCUCUCCACUGGCUCCUUCCUGUUGGGCAUCUCCUAUGUCGCUCCCCAUCUCAACAACCUCUACUUCCUGCCCCUGUGCCGUCGCUGGGGCGUCUACGCCGUGGUGCGGGGGCUCUUCCUCCUCAAGCUGGGCCUCAGCCUGCUCAUGCUGGCAGUGGGCCCAGACCACCCUGGCCUGCUCUGCUUCUUCAUCGCCAGGUAUGCCCCUGCCCCGCCUGGUUCCUGCACCCCGCCCUGCCCCUUCAUCCCGCCUGCUCUCCCUACUGGCAGCAACCGCGUCUUCACUGAGGGCACCUGCAAGCUGCUGACCCUGGUGGUCACGGACCUGGUGGACGAGGACCUGGUGUUGAACCACCGCAAGCAGGCGGCCUCAGCGCUCCUCUUUGGCAUGGUCGCCCUGGUGACCAAACCAGGCCAGACUUUUGCUCCACUCCUGGGCACCUGGCUACUCUGCUUCUAUACAGGUCAUGAUCUCUUCCAGCAGCCCCCAAUGACCCCGGUGGGGAGUGCCCACCCCUGGCCAGAGCCCCCAGCCCCAGCCCCGGCACAGGCCCCAACGCUCCGCCAGGGCUGCUUCUACCUGUUGGUGCUGGUGCCCAUCACCUGUGCACUGCUGCAGCUCUUCACCUGGUCUCAGUUCACGCUGCACGGGAGACGCCUGCACAUGGUCAAGGCCCAGCGCCAGAACCUGGCACAGGCGCAAAGCCUGGAUGUUAAGACGGUGUGAGAGGUACAGCAAGGCUGCCCUGUGGACAACAGCGCCCACAGCCUGGGGCAGGUGCCACUUUUGCCAGCCGCAUCCUGCUCCUCCACCGUCAGCUACAGGACAGAUGGCGGGGGGAGCACCUGGGGCCGAGCCAGGAACGUCACUGAGGGCUGAGAGCCUGCUUGGCCUGGGCAAGGGCUGGGCCCUAUAUGCUCAGGGGCCUGCUUCUCUUGGGGGGCAGAAAGAUGAGGGCUCAGAGGACGGGGCUGCUGGGUGGCACACACAGGGUAACUGUGGGGCCUAGGGCCCUGUCCCACCGCCUGGGUGGGGCUGGCUGUCCUCGUGGGCUCAGGAACCACUUUUGGUUCUGCAGCUGCUCCAUUUGCCUAGUCAGGGAAAGCGGACUGUGCGUCUCACCCUCGCCCUCCUGCCAUUCUUCUGGUGAUUUCUCCGAGGGUUCUUUGCUUCAGCUGUGCUGGAAGUGGCAUGUUCUCUGCUACAGGGCUCUCACCCCCAGCAGGUCUCUGAAGAGCCGCAUCUCAUGACAGCCGAUUAAAGCCAGUCAUUUCUAA